AUGCAGUUUUCACUCUUUAUCCUCCUCCUUGCUACUUCCCAGCCAAUCACGAUUUUAACGAAAACUUCGAAAAACUUCGAUUCGGCGGUUUCUGGACACGCAUUCACAACAGAAAUGCUGCAUAGAUCUCACAGCGUCAUACCGGUCCCAUCCUCUAAGAAAAGACUCUGGAGACCAUCUUCCACCCAGAAGAAUGGCCCUACUCGAGUCAGCCAAACACGCGAUCUUCCUAGUCACAAUAAGCUAGAAAGUCGGUCCUCUCAAAAGCAUACGCGCAGGGCAGAUUGGUACAAGCAAGAUAGGAUUUAUGCUGCCUUGAAGGAUUGCCUGGCUGGAAUUCAGAUACAUGCGAGGAAUAUCAGGGAGAUUGCUUCUGUGUCCUCACAAUAUGAAAGCGACCAGCAUUUGGCAUGGGACGUGCUCCAGGAACUCAAGGCGAUUUUGGAUAUAUGCAACGAGGCUCUCGCCCGAAUAAAGAACGGAGACUUCCCUCUUCCGAGCUCAAAGCCUGGGUUCUUCGGGCAUGCCACAAUAAUCGACAUCUGCCGAGUGAUCGCUGAUAUUUUAACGGAGAUUAGGCUUUGCUUUGAAGAAGUGAAUGGAUUGGCUAGAUAUUUCCCUAUCAUCCAAAAUAUCUGUGGCGAUACUUUACACCAGAUUUCGGGCGCUGUGGCCAACUUAAUCAUUGCCUCAUCUGGGCAGUUAGGAAACAUUAUUCGGUUCAUUGCACGGAUAUUCAGUGCGACUCCAGGUUUCUUCAAAGGCAUCGGCUUCGGCUUUGGUGAUAUUCCUGAAAUAAUCGCUGCUGGUGGCUCUCGAGAAUUCGACCGGUUUCUAUGA